CCAUCCGGGUCUUCCCAUUUUCGGGGGUAGCUCGGAUUGCUGAGCCUAAUCUUGGUGCCAGGCUAGGCAGGAAGUCGGCGGACGGUCGGCGGGCGAGGCGCUCUAGGCCGAGUGAUUUUCGUCUCUAUGACCACAAGGAGGCGGUCUCGGGUGUCCCGAGGACGGCGCGCGGAGGGGGCGUGCGUCAGUUCCGCGCGGGGCUGUCGGGGAACCAUGGCUGCCCCAAGAGAAAAUGUCAGUUUAUUAUUCAAGUUAUAUUGCUUGGCAGUGAUGACCCUGGUGGCCGCAGCUUACACCAUAGCUUUAAGAUACACAAGGACAUCAGACAGAGAACUCUACUUUUCAACCACAGCCGUGUGUGUCACAGAAGUUAUAAAGUUAUUGCUAAGUGUGGGAAUUUUAGCUAAAGAAACUGGUAGUCCUGGUAGAUUCAAGGCAUCUUUAAGAGAAAAUGUCUUGGGGAGCCCCAAGGAACUGAUGAAGUUAAGUGUGCCAUCAUUAGUGUAUGCUGUUCAGAACAAUAUGGCUUUCCUAGCUCUUAGCAAUCUGGAUGCAGCAGUAUACCAGGUGACUUAUCAAUUAAAGAUUCCCUGCACUGCUUUAUGUACUGUUUUAAUGUUAAACCGGACACUCAGCAAAUUACAGUGGAUUUCAGUUUUUAUGCUGUGUGGUGGAGUCAUACUUGUACAGUGGGAACCAGCCCAGGCUACAAAAGUCGUGGUGGAACAGAAUCCCUUGUUAGGGUUUGGCGCCGUAGCUAUUGCUGUGUUGUGCUCAGGAUUUGCAGGAGUGUAUUUUGAAAAAGUUUUAAAGAGUUCAGACACUUCCCUUUGGGUGAGAAACAUUCAGAUGUAUCUAUCAGGGAUCGUUGUGACAUUAGUUGGCGUCUACUUGUCAGAUGGAGCGGAAAUUAACGAAAAAGGAUUUUUCUAUGGUUACACAUACUAUGUCUGGUUUGUCAUUUUUCUUGCAAGUGUUGGAGGCCUCUACACUUCCGUUGUGGUCAAGUACACAGACAACAUCAUGAAGGGCUUUUCUGCGGCAGCCGCCAUUGUCCUUUCUACCAUCGCUUCAGUGAUGCUGUUUGGGUUACAGAUAACACUCACCUUUGCUCUGGGCACUCUUCUUGUAUGUGUUUCUAUAUAUCUCUAUGGAUUACCCAGACAAGACACUACAUCCAUCCAACAGGGAGAAAUAGCUUCAAAAGAGAGAGUCGGUGGUGUGUGAUUUCAGCCUCAAAAGCGAUUCCUACCAAGACUAAAACUAUUUGCAUUAAACUAGAGCCUUAAGUCAAUCCCAGAAGGUAGCUUAAACAAAAAACAAUACGUUAACUGUGUCAUAAGAAUUAAGAAGAAAACUAUCUGAAUUGCUACAAAGAUUUAAUGUGGCCUGUUUUGGGUCAACCUGUUCGUUUUAGAAUGAAAGAAUUUUAUUAUUGUACAUAUAAUGUAUAUAAAAAGUAUGGGGAGGUGUGGUAAAAAAAAAAAAUCACGCGAGGAUACAAUAUUCAAGUAACAAGGUUUGGGACAAGGUUAAGGGUUAAAGUGCCAAAGCCAUUUCUGUACGAACUGUUUUCUUGUUCAGGUACCAGGGGAGAAGGACGACCCCUCCUUGUUCUCCAAUUCAUGUACAGUAUUUUCAUCCCAGCAACAAAGACCUAGCUCUUUUCUUACAAAAGACAGGCAAAACCAAGAUAGGCUAGUUCAGAAACAAACUGAAUGUGUAACUUCUCAAACUGAAUCUAUUUCAUAAUGCAGACAAUGACUUCUAGGUGGUGAAUGAGUACUCCUGUAAGUGCUGUAUUUGUGCCAUUCAUUGUCUGGAUUCAUGUUUCUUUGCGGUUAGAUGAUCUACUUUUCUUCAGAAAAUAUUUCUAAUGUCACUUUUGUACUUUUUUUUAUAAAGUAUGUUUAAAACUGGGCUGUCAAUAAUUUGUGAAAUUUCAGUGUUUUUAAAAAAAUUUUCUAUAAUGUUAAUGGGAAAAUUCAGCAAUAAACUUAUUUAUAUGGAAUCUAUGAACACUUUUUGUAUUGUGAUUAUAACCAUUACGAUAAUGCAAAAUGUAAAAAAACCCUGAAACAUUAAAUUUUUCAUUUUUUCUAUGUUGGAAUUUUAGGGUUCUUUGGUUGCAUAUAAAUCAACUCUUGGCUAGCCUUCAGCAAAAACCAGAGUUUAUAAGGACUACAAUCAGGGCAGUAGGGCUCUAGGUUGUAGGAGAUGAUAAUGUACAAUCUUUUCAGGGAGCUGCUUUUGGAAAGACUGGGCUCUAACCAUCACUGUCCCUGUGUCGUUUCACUCAAGAUUCAAAUACUGAGGUGGCUACCACAGAUCUGGGAAGGGGAACAUUUUUCCAGACAAGUAGAGAAGGAUAUAGGACAUGAAAAACAUGUCCUGACUGUACAUUUUUAUUCCAUGGCUGGUUUGUGCUAACGAAAUGAUACUUUAAGUAAAAAUUAGUAUUCUGGAAGCUAACGCAUUUAAAAUUGAGACUGCGUGGACAAGUCUUCUCUAGGACUAAGAAGGUGUACCAUACUUGCCAAUAUAAAACUAUGUUCAUUCAACUAGAGAAGCUUUGGUUCAUGCUAAUUUGCUUCUCUAUUCGUAAAAGUAGAUGGUAAUAUUGAGAAGGCUUCUAGUAGCAACAUUUAGGAUAAAUGAUAGCAGUCUGAAAGGAAAUACUGGCAGAUGAGGAUAGCCGUACUGACUGAACAGACAACAUCCCACUUAACCAAAUCAUACAAAAUAUCCUUGACCAAUAUGCAGGUACGUGAAAGAAAUGGUUUGAGAAACUCCAUUUCAAAUUCUGGUUUAACUAAUAGACUAACUUUUAUAAAAAGAUCCUAGUACAAUAUGUGUACAAGUAGUUCCUUGUGAUUCCAAUCUAUUCAGGUCCCAAGUUCAUGCAGUAAGAGUUACCUGUACAGAUCAAUGAAAGAUAAGCGUGAGAUCUGUUCUCUGGGAGUGGCUGUCAGCUGUAUAGGCAAAAAGGUUUAAUUCUGGUCUCCCUAAAUUGGUUCAGAACUAGCCGUUAUUAUAAGAAAACUGAAACUGCUUUUAUCAAUUUUACCUUAUGCAAACAUGAAGUAAUCUCACUUAUAAGAACAGUUUCUGGAAGAAUGAUGCGGUGA